UGCACGGUUCGCGCUCAACCGCAGGGAUAACCUGGGGACAUUUUCCAUGUUCAUCUUCUUAGAAUUGAGCUUUCUUCGUCUAGCCCUCUAGUCUUGAUCAGCUGUCUGUCUAUAAUAGCGUAUCUGAGGGGUGUGUGUGGAGACGGACUGCAGGUGCAUUCCGAUCUAUCACUCCCGUCAAAGGCACCGCGUUGGACAUUCCUCACUCGCAGUCGUCAAGUUUGGUUGAAAUAGACCAUCGGCUGUCCCUUUGCGACAUAUCAGCACGCCGAGGGUCAUACAUUCUGAACUAUUCAAUCGUCAGCGUGGCGAGGUAGGCCUAUACAGCGACACCGGUCAUCCACCAUGUCCGCUUCAUCAUCCAGUCGACCCAUGCCAUUCCUCUCUGCUCAAUCAGCCAACGCCAUGGUGUCUGAUCUACGGCCUACGACACUCUCGGAGUCUACUCUGUACCAUAUCAACCUCUUCCUGGACGAGCUCAUGACGUCGCUCAUCAUCUCCUCCCAAAGUCUCAACCCAUCAGAUCUACGAGGGACCGGUAUCCCGGCUGUAUUUUCAGGGGAUAAGACGGCUGGAGAAUCGACAGGUCCUCGAUCACUGGGCCGGUCGGCUGUCGGUGAGGCUGAGAUGGAACUGAGGAGUUGGAUCGAGCAGAAUUCUCACGGUGUCAAGGGGUUCCCACCGAAUGGUAAAGGUCGUGGGUUGACGGAGAUCAAGGAGAGGUCAGAGGCAAAGUUUCCAGAAAGGGAGGCCGUAGAUCUCAUGCGGAUACGUGUGGCCUUGUAUUCCACUCUGGCUAAGGAAGGUUCAUACACGGACACGGAGGAAGCUGCCGCUUUAGCAGCGUGGAAAGCUGCAGGAGGAGAGGUCUCGUCAAUGACGAUCGAUCCAUCUGGUCUUUGGCUUACCGCUAUCGUAGAGCACGUCUGCGAACAUCUUCUGAACCGAUUAUCCAGUGUAGUCGCAAGAGAUUCCAGUGUCGCAACUGCUGGCGUUCAGGAUCUGCUGACGACAUUGUACGAAGAUGAGACCAUGUAUGGUUUCUUCAAGCGCAUGAAGGUCAAAGAUGUCAUCGAAAAUGCUAUUCGAUCGAGUGGACCCCGAUCAAAGCGUAGUGCUCGGCUCUCUUCCGCCGAAUACGCCGGGAGACAGUCGCCAAACCUGUCAAACACUUCACCUCGAGCCUCCAAGACAUCUCUCGUGUCGCCAGUUGCCAAGUCUUCGCCGACUUUUAAGAAAACAUCGCUCCCUCCGGCCCAGGAUGUUCGAUCAUCGAGCGAUUCGGGAAGAUUCGCGAAUCUCGGACGCAAAGUCUCAGCCGCGACAAAGAAGAGUCAUGACUCGCCUCAAGGCCACGAGAGAGCUCCGAGCGUUUUGAGCGUCAACACUCGGUCCAUGCUCGGGGCAUUUCACGAAGCACUCGACGAGGAAACUGUCAAUCAACGGUCACCUCAACAGGAACAAGACGAGUUUGAUGCGUUAGUCAAGAGUGGACAGACCAUGAAAGUCAGCUUGACGCCUAGCCGUCUCAAGACAUUUGAGAGCUCCGGUCGAAAGGUAGCAUCCCCAUCUCCUUUCCGCCGACCGCAAGCAACAAGCUCCUCGCAUCCUUCAAAUCCGCCCGGUCCUUCAGUAUCGAAGUCCGAUUCGAUGCCCGUCAUGGGCGGUCAGAAAACGCCUCGGGGAGCGUCUUCGCGAUCCCGAGCUUCCUCUGGGUCCACUGCCAAGCUAGUUGCCAGGGGUGCCGGCACGAUUCACGAGGGCGAUGAUGAAGAGGAUCCUUUUGGCUCGAAAUCGAAGAAAGAAUCUCUCAAGGAGCUUCUCGAUUCCGAAACCCCACCCAGAAUUCAUUCCCGUCAAUCUUCGAUCGGCGCAACUCAGCGGACAGCUCCUGCUGUUGUCCUUGCGACUCCACCUCCCCGCGAGACAUCACUCAUGGACCGGUCUGGCUCAAGCGGCGUCCCCUCGUCUCAGACCCGAGACUCGUCCCUGACUCAGAGCGCCUCAUUCGCAUCCUUUGCGCCGAGUUCUUUCUCGCCCUCUCUGCAAUCUACCUCCGGCCUCGGUGACCGUAAUGAAUCGCCCACCAAGCCAAGUACCAAUCGACCAGGGAGAGAGACUUUGAUAGACGAUGAUGGAGACGAAGGCUCUGGGAGACUGAAGCGGAAACCUCGAUCCGAAGCCAGAGAACUGGCAGACUUUUUGAGCAAUACACCUCCCCCCAUCUCGACCACUCGAGUACCGGUCGCCGAACCUCCUCCAACUGGAAAAAGCGGCAAGUCGUUCAAGAGUUUCAUGUCGAAGAUCACUGGAGGCAAGAAAGACGAUGACAAAGCGUCGAGUGCAAGUACGGAGGAGAUUCCCUCAGCACCUCGCGUGCCGAAACGUGUCAAAUCGGCCGCCGCAAUGUCUUCUAAUCGGGGUCCUCCCCCGACUUUGGGUCAGCCGAUCCAGCCCAUCGACGAGCCUCCCGUUCCGCCCAAAUCCCAACGAUUGCCACGCAAGAAAUCCGACGCAAACGGCGUAGCCGCUCUUGCAGCUGGAGUCACUGGAGCUGCUGGCAUGGGCGCCAUCGCAGCGAUCGAGACUGGGCCAACCGACCGCGAUGAUCUGAACGAGACGCCGCGCCGCACAGUCGUGUCCCGUGUGUCGGGCUCAGCCUCCGGUGGAGAUCUAGCAGAUCAAGUGGGUCUGGCUGAUCUGAAACCGACUCGAGUCACUCGAAUUGGGCCUGCAUUGGAGGAUGAGAAGAUCGGGCCUACGACACCUGUGGAGCCUAAUAGUGGCAAUCUGAUCAAUGACCCGUCUGGAGAGCAAUUGAAUCGCUCCAGAGUCCCGACACAGCUCUCCAUCGAUCCUAGGGCGACAAACACGCCGGGCGGCGUGCAGAUGGACCGAGUACCCACAGCUACAUCUGACGCACAUAGUUUCAAGACCGCCGAUGAGGGUGCCGAUAUGGACGAAGCGGAUCACCAAAGCUCAUCGAGUGAGCGCGGACGACGUUCAAUUGAGCAGCGAGAAGAGGUGGAUACCAUCAUAGGUCAUAGCUCUAUUGGAGGCCAUGAUAUCAUCGCUGGUAGCGCUACCUCUCACGCGACAGAUAUGCUUCCGGACUCUUCCCUGAGGUCAACCGACCCAUCCGCCCCAUCGAUCCCUAUGGACCGACUGAUUCCUCUACGCGGACUUCUAGACCACGCCACCUCGGUCCAAGAAUGCCGAAUGCUCCUUUCGGCUAUUCUGAGUCAUCUUCAAGUCCCUCAGCGACCCGAGGGGGAUAUCGAAGUAACUCCUGAAUCAAGACUCGCGGCUUGGCUUCUAGCAGGAGGUUACGGACCAGGGGACACUGCUCACACACCGCCUGAGACGGCCAAAUCGAGUCGUCUCAGUCAGGGGGAUCAAUCGGCCCCUCGCAAAGAUGAGAACUUGACGCCCACAAAAUCACAUCCUGCCGUCAUGGACUGGACCAUCCCGCCCUCGUCGUCUUCAAAGGCGAAUCAAGGUGAUGAAGAGAUUUUGUCGACGCAGAGUGAAAUGUCCUCUGAGGAUUCGUUCUCGAGAGACGACGUGGAUGGAGAAAUGGGUCGACCCAGUGUGGCUAAGGCUGCUAGGAGGGAGUCGGCAGUGAACUUGCUGACGGGGGGAUAUGGUCAUACUGGGCAGUAAAGGUGGAGAGUCUGCACGGAUCGUCGAAUGAAGAUGAGGAUGUCCAUGCGACUGGACGAAUGGAUGAUGUACUGAUGGAUUGAUGGGAAGACGGCCUGACAGAGGCAUGAAGGCAUGGGCAGAUUAGUGUCUUGUCAGCCUGUAUCUAGGCUAUACGAUUGAUUGAUAUGUCCCUACGCAUGAUAGGUAUAUUGGACGAUGCAUGAAGCGUUCCUUGUA